AUGGACUCCAUCCUCCAGAGAGCUGUGUCCUUAGGCUACAAUCCCCACGUCGAAGAGCUCAGCACCACCGAGUACCCACAGCUCAAAGACAUCACCUACCUCGACCACGCCGGCACAACUCUCUACGCAACCUCGCUCAUCCAUGCCUUCUCCUCCGACCUCUGCUCAAACAUCUACGGCAACCCUCACUCGCCCUCCCCCUCCUCCCAACAGACCACCAAGCGCAUCGACGACAUCCGUCUCCGUGUCCUCCGCCUCUUCAAUGCCGACCCCGAGGAGUUCGACGUCGUCUUCUGCGCCAAUGCCACCGCGGGGAUGAAGCUCGUUCUCGAGGCAUUCACAGCGCAGCCGGAGGGCUUCCGGUACCGCUACCAUGGCGACGCCCACACGAGCCUCGUCGGGAUCCGGGAGCUUGCAAAAGAGGCAACGUGUUACACUUCGGACGCUGAGGUUGAGCUGUGGCUGCGGAGCCCCUGCGAGGACGGGGUGGGGCUGUUUGGGUGGCCGGCGCAGUCGAACUUCACGGGGCGACGGCUGCCGAGAGAUUGGGCGGGGAGAGUUAGGAAGGCGCAGAGCGGGUGGUAUUCGUUGCUGGAUGCGGCGGCGCUGGUGACGACGUCGCUGUUGGAUCUGGGGGAUAGUGAGGCAGCGCCGGACUUUACGGUGCUGAGCUUUUAUAAGAUGUUUGGGUUCCCGGAUCUAGGUGCGUUGAUUGUGCGCAGGGCGUCGGCGGGGAUACUAAAGACGCGGAGGUACUUUGGGGGAGGGACUGUAGAUGCCGUGGUAGGGUGCGGGGGGAGCUUUCAUGCGCGGAUAGAGGACUCGCCGCAUUCGCAUCUCGAGGACGGGACGAGUGCGUUUCACUCGAUACUUGCCCUGGAUGCGGCCAUUACUACGCAUGAGAGAUUAUACGGCGACUAUGGGUCUAUCUCGAGACAUGCAUUCUCACUCGCCGCCAUCAUGCACGAUCUUCUCUCUAAUCUCAGGCAUGGGAACGGCCGCAAGCUCUGCCAGAUCUAUAGCUCCAGCGACUACAAAUCCCCCCUAACGCAGGGCCCAAUCAUCGCCUUCAACAUGCAGCGCGCAGACGGCACCUGGGUGGGCUACGCUGAAGUCGAAAAGCUCGCCAGUGUCAAGAACAUCCACCUGCGCACCGGCGGCCUCUGCAACCCCGGCGGCAUCGAGCAGCACGUCGGCCUCGCAGCCUGGGAGAUCGAGCAAAACUAUCUAUCCGGCCACCGCUGCUGGGACGACCAAGACGUCAUGCGCGGCAAGCCCACUGGCGCAAUCCGCAUCUCCCUCGGCGCCAUGAGCACCGUCAACGAUCUUCUCGUCUUCCUCCGCUUCCUCGAGGAGUUCUACAUCGACCACACAACCCCCACCCCCGCCGUCGCCCGCCAGCCAUCAGCGUCAGCAGCCCUCACCGUCGAAAGCCUCACCAUCUACCCCAUCAAGUCCUGCGGCGGCUUCUCUAUCCCCGCCUCACAACCCUGGGAGCUGCGCCCUCACGGCCUCACCUGGGACCGUGAAUGGUGCCUCGUCCACCUCGGCACCGGCGCCGCAAUCGACCAGAAGCGCUACCCCCGCAUGGCGCUCAUCCGCCCGUCCGUCGACCUCAAAAUCGGCAUGCUGCACAUCACCCUCCACAACCACAACGCCCCCUCCUCCGCCCCGCAGCUUUCAAUCCCGCUCUCAUGCACCCCCGAGGAGCUGCACACCCUGCACCCCAGCCCUUCCCGCGUCUGUGGCGAUAAGAUAACGGCGCUGACGUACUCGGCGCAGCACAUCGUCGACUUCUUCACCGCGGCGGUCGGCGUCCCCUGCACACUCGCGCGCUUCCCCGCGGCCAGCGGCCAGCGCCACUUCAAGCCGCACCUCGCGGGUGCAGCCAAGACCGUGGGCGGCGAGGCUCCCAUUGGGCUGUCGAACGAGAGCCCCAUCCUACUGGUGCACCGCGCCAGCGUCGACGCGCUCAAUGCCGCCAUCCUGUGCACCGGUGGGAAGGCCGCGCGGGCCGAUGUGUUCCGCGCAAACAUUGUGGUUCGCGGUGGCGCGGGCGCGUAUGCCGAGGACCGCUGGGCGCAUGUUAAGGUUGGCGGGGAGUUUUUCGAGGUGCUGGGGGCGUGUCGGAGGUGCCAUAUGGUGUGUGUGGACCAAGAGACGGCCGUAAAGAAUGAGGAGCCAUAUGUGACGCUGGCGAAGAGUCGCAGGGUGAGUGGGAGGGUGGUGUUUGGCGUCCAUAUGAAGCAUUUGCCCGUAGAGGGCAGGGCGGGAGGUGUGGGGGUGGUGAGGGUCGGGGAGGCGGUGAGGGUUUGGGAGGGGGGUGAGUGA